AUGUCGACAAAUCGUGCCCCGACUGCUCAUGGCGCGCAGCCAGCGCCUGAAAAGACAUACUUUGAACAGCAGCGGGAACUGCUGGUUGGCGAGAUUGCCCAGAGUCUAGAGCUCGUUCUUCAAAAUAUCAACAAGCUGAACCGCUCCCUCGAAGAAGUGACUCAAGUCGGCACCGAGUUUGCGCCCGUCGAGUCGCUAUGGAGUCACUUCGAGAACGUCAUGGCCAAGGACCCGAAUGAGCACGAGGAGAGCGCGCAGGAAGGACAGACAGAGCAGGAAGAAGCCACAGAAGUGGCGGAGCAUCAGAAGUGA